AUGCCCACUCAUCACCCACGCCACACGGUGCACGGUGCUCACAUGACACACCCUCCAUCGCUCGCGACAUCACCCUCAACGAGCACGGACAAGAUCCGCAAAAAGAGCGCGCAUUGGGCCGACCCCGACACAGACCUGCUUCUCGAAGUGCUUCUACGACAUCGCGAAAAGGGCCGCACUGCCGAUAACGGCUUUGAGCCAGAGGUGUGGCAGGAGGCCGCCAAAUCGCUGGAGAGCACCAACGGGACUGGCGGAGAGAAGACGCCAGACGCGUGCAGAUCGCGCUGGCAGAGAUUACAGCGCGAGUUCAAGUUUGCACGGGAAUACCUUGAGGAGCGUCCCGGUUUCUCGUGGGAUCGCCACAAGCACAAGCUCCAAGCGUCCGAGGAGUCGUGGGCAGCAGCUGAGCGAAACGGUCACCAAACCAAGAAGGGAAGAAAGAUCUACAUUCCUUGGUUUCAUGGCCUCAGCCAGCUGUGCCCAAGUCAACCUCAACAACACACGAGCAUACAACACGGCAUGCCGAUACCGGAACCGGCACCAAUAUGGGCCGAAGAGGGAGACAGUAGCGAAAACGUCGACAGUUUCGGGCUUGCCGAUCCAAACCAUCAGGCGUUCGCGAUGCCACACCAGAAGCGCGUUCUCGAAUACGACGUGUCUCUGCUCGGGUCGACGCCUCAGGGCGGCGACAGGAAGAGGAUACGCACGCAUCGAGAACCGCAGGGGACACCGACCCGAACCUCGUCGACACAUGCUGGCCAACCACUGUAUCAGCAACUCGUACCUCAACAGAACACCAGCAUCAACCACCCUGCUGCUGCUCCUCCCCAGACCCCUCCUCACCAUGCACACCAGCUCCACUACUCGACCUCCCAGUAUACCCCCACCAUCAACGACCCCUCCCUCCCCUCACCAGUGUACCCGCCGAUCACGGUCAGUAACGGUGACAUGGGCAGCAGCCUACUCCGAACCCCGCAGUCGACUGAAACGCGCCGAGAGAUGGUCGUUCCACGUACCGACAAGCCGCGCAGUGAGCGAACGCUCGCCGCGGCAGCGAGCAUGCCAAGCCUGACAGGCUCCUCUCAUAUCCGCAGUAAAUCUGGUGGCAACAUCAUCAACCCCUCAGUGUCGUCGACAGGAGGGCUCGCACUCUCCGGCCUCACCCCCAAGACGACGGGCAUGUCCUUUUCCCCUGGCGGGGAGCUCCAAGCACUCACGACGCCAGCUAACCCGCAACCACAGAGCGGCGCUGCCUCUGGGCGGAACACGCCGGGGCCAACUGGCUCGCCAGAGUCGGAUGCUGGUGCGAGACGCAUAGAGGCAGUGCGCCGUCUCCAGCUCGAGGAGCUCCCAGACGACGACAUUAUGCUUAUUCUCCCCGAGUUUGAGCAGAGCAACGCGGUUGUCGAGACGUAUCUCGGACUGAACCGCGACAUUCUGCGCAUCAGAUGGCUCACCGACAAGGUCAUGGCGCGGAGGCGCCAGGUCGAGCGCGCGCGUCGCGCCGACGAGUUCGAGAGCGGCAUGUAA